UGGAGGAUCUGGUCUUCACAAACAUUCUGUUGUUUUAACUGAGAACUGUCUGUGUCUGUGUUUUUUAAAAACUGUUCAAUUGCAAUUUAGGUGCAAAGGUGAAAAUGUGUGUGUCUCAUUUCAGACGCCUGUAGAGUCAGAGACUCAUGGUUUAAUCAGCUGGUUUAAACCUGGUUUAAAAGACUGAGCUGGGACUGUAGGGACGGGGGUUGGACACUAGUCCAGGUACUGAGGACAGACAGGACUCGAUUAAGACUUCAGGACGUGGAAGAACAUGAACACUCACAGUGUUUCUGCUGCUGUUGUUUAGUUAUUCCUCUGGAUGAACUGAUUAGAUUUUGGGGGUCAAAGGUUAAAGGUCAAAGGUCAUAGGCAUGGUGACCUCACUAAACACAGUUUUGGCCUUGUGAACGUGAUAUGUCUCUAAUUUCUUGAGGGAAUUUCUUAAAAUUUGGUGCAAAUGUUCACUUGCACUCAAGGACGAGCUGAUUAGAUUUUGGUGGCUUAAGGUCAAAGGUCAAGAUCACGAUCAUUACUCAAGACUUCACAUAGAUAUUAUGACAAAAUUUCACACACGUGGUUCAUAUUCUCUCUGACUCUGGAUAAACAGGACGUGACCUGGAACUAGUCUGAGUGGCGGAGGGAUACGACCACGAGGAGCUGACUCUAGUUUUGUUCUGUUUCUCUUUCUGUUGGAAAUAAAUAUCUUCUUUUCUUUAUGAUGUCAUAUUUCAAAAUAAAGUAUCAAGACACAUGAUGAUGAGGAGCUUUUAAGUGUUGACAGGACAGUUGGCUGAUGAGCAGCAGUGGACAGAGAGGAAUCCUUUUGUCAGGUCCUCAGAGCUGCUGUUAAAGUGGGCGUGUCUUGUUCAUUCAUAAACAAGAAGGGUAUAUAAACCCCGGCUGCAGCGGGUCCGUCAUUCAUCAGGUGUGACACUGUCACUGACAGCAGCUCUCAGACCAGCCACGUGCAGCAUGCUCCCUCGCGCCAGCGGACUCCAGCUCGUCGCGCUCCUGCUGCUGCUGAGCAGGAGCAGCUCAGCUGUUCACAACGACGCCACUGAGUCCGUGGACACUCAGCCGGUCCACGACACCCAGGACGAGCCGGCCAAUGAAGACACGAACCAGGCGAGGAACGGCGGGAGACGGCCGGCGGACGACUUGCGCAAUGGUGCAAACCAGAGCCAGGUGGGCUGCAGGGAGCUGAGGUCCACGAAGUACAUCUCUGACGGCCAGUGCACCAGCGUUAACCCCAUCAAGGAGCUGGUGUGUGCCGGGGAGUGUCUGCCGGCCCACCUGCUGCCCAACUGGAUCGGGAGCGGGGGUCACACUACGAGGUACUGGAGCCGCCGCGACGCACAGGAGUGGCGCUGCGUCAUUGACCGGACCAGGACCCAGCGGAUCCGGCUGCAGUGCCAGGACGGAAGCUCCCGAACCUACAAGAUAACUGUGGUGACCUCCUGCAAGUGCAAGCGCUACUCCAGAGAGCAGAAUGACUCAGGACACAAGGACACGUCUGUCCAGAGCGGGAAACAGAGGAAAAAUGUGAGGAAGGCCGGACCCCCCGAGGAGAGAGGCGGGCGGCAGUCCGACAACUAAAACCUCUGCAGCUACAGCCGAGUCUCCAACAGACACUCCUGUCUCCAUCAUGACGUCUACGGAUGAAUUAUUAGUGUGCAAAUAUUUAACCCUCUGAGGUCUAUGGGUGUUUUCUGGAUUCCUACACUAUUUCUUAGUCACCUUCUAAAAGGUUGACAUCACAUUAAGCCCAAAUCUUUAUAUCACAAUCUUCAGAACUAUCGCAGCUCCUUCUGACUCUCUUUGCAAAAGAUCAUUUGGCCCAAAUGCUGAAAAACUGAAGCCCAGUUUUUGAAAUUGUCCAGAUUACUGAUGUGGUGAACUGAACCGGGUUUACCAAAGUCUUAGGUUCAUAAAAAUAGUGCAAUAUGAGUGAAAUAGUAAAUAAAUGUUUAAUAAAUGCCUAAAAUGAGAUUUUGUAAUAUCAUUGAGUCUAAGCGCCGACUGUCACUCUGCUUUAACUGAAUGUUAGAGGCCUUCCAGCUCCAGCACUGAGUCAUCUACAAUCUCACAAGAAUAAGAAAUGGAAAGUGGAGAGUCGACAGAUCUUAACAACAUUUAAACCAUAUUUCUCCUCUGUGUUAUCACAGAGAUAUUAAUAAAAACAUCCGUCAACCUCAGAGGGUUCAGAGACAGUGACUAGUGUCAGAGUUAGAUCAGUGUGACGCAGGAAACUGCUCAGCUACAGGAUCAGUCCAACUUCUAUAACACCGGGGUUCUAACUACUGACCUUGCUAACCUGCGGUUAGCCUAGCUUAGCAUAAAGGCCGUAAGCAUUGGGGGAACAGCUAGCCUGGCUCCGUCCAGAGUUGGACAGACCUGCACUUGUUGUUUGUUCAAUCUGUGCACAGACAGAAACGUACAAACGUGUUCAGGCUCUUCGUCCCGGUCUCUGCUCCACACUCACAGUGUGAUGAUGAGGCCUGAGGACCAAUCAGGAAACAGCAGCUGUCGUCCUCUCUGUGUGUGUUCAGACAAACAAACAAGAAACAUGUCCAUUAGUGAGUUUUACACCUUUUCCAUUCCCUGUCUUUAUGCUAAGCUAAACGCUAACCAUAUGCUAACUGAAAAUGUUGAACUAGUCUGUGGCAUGAACCAACUGUUGACGAGGCAACACAGGGCCUUAGUAAAGACAGGAACUACAGAGAGACGAAACGCCAAUAGACCGACCAGGAGAGGUUAGAUUUAAAAUACGAGUCAAACCUCCCUCCUUUCAUUUUAAAAGACAAGUCUGUCGUCCGGUGCAGAGGAAACCUGCUGCUGUCUGACAGUAUGACAUCAGGUCUGACGCUUGUUCACAUGUAUCAGGGGCUUUCACACCGAACGUGCAGGUCGGCCAGUGUUCAGAGUGAACAGCUGAGCGGUCCACCGGGACUCUGGCAUCAGCAGAAGUUGUCAUUUCACAGCCAUUUUGAAUUUCCAGAGUCAUGUGACUCUACUCUCUGAUUCCACCAGGACGCAGCUGAAAGACCCAAAUCAAAAACCAUGAAUAUCAAAUCAAAUAUCAGACUGUGGACACAAACAUGUCAAUCAUAAUGUAAAAGUUUCAAAUGUGAAGUUAGAGUUAUAUAGAGUAGAAUAAUGCUCAGUAGCCUGUAGUGUGAAUCUGCAGUAUGUGGGACGGUUUGUGGGUUUCCAGAGUGAAUUGUAUGUAAUUUAUUUUUGUACCUGAUCAGCUGAAGUUGUUUUUUUAUAUUUCUGUCACUGUCUGAAAUAAAGAUGAUGA